AAGAAAAGGGUAUAGUUGCUCUGCAACAAACGGUGCAAUACCAAUGUCAAUUGUUUCAGUUUAGCUGGCUCACCUAGGUAUUUGAAAGGAUAUCUGCAUGCAUGCUUGUUAACAGCUAUUUCUCUGGCUGUACGGGUGAAUAAAGAAGACUGUCUCUGACACUUACUUAAACAUGGGAUGCAGUUUGUGCACUCUACAGAAGCAAGAAGAGCAGUACAAAUUACUGUAUGAAGUUUGUCAGGUGAACGGAAAGGAUUUAUCCAAAGCAACGCACGAGCAGGCAGUGGAAGCCUUCAAAACAGCGAAGGAGCCCAUCGUGGUACAGGUCCUGAGGAGAACACCACGCACCAAGAUCUUCAGCUCUUCUCAUGAGUCUCAGCUGGUCGACAUGGGCACUCAGACUGAUAUCACCUUUGAACACAUCAUGGCUCUCACCAAGAUAGGAUCCCCUACUUCACCAGUCUCGGUGUUAGAUCCAUACCUCUUACCAGAAGACCAUUCAUCAGUGCAUGAAUUCUACGACCCGAAUGACUAUAUGGGAGGUAUUCAUCAAGAAAUGGACAGAGAGGAGUUGGAAUUAGAGGAGGUGGACUUGCAUCGAGUGAACAGCCAGGACAAGCUCGGCCUUACUGUCUGUUAUAGGACCGAUGACGAAGAUGACAUUGGUAUUUAUGUAAGCGAGAUCGAUCCCAACAGCAUUGCUGCAAAAGAUGGUCGUCUACGAGAGGGAGAUCGCAUUAUUCAAAUUAAUGGCAUAGAAGUACAAAACCGAGAGGAAGCUGUGGCACUCCUCACCAGUGAAGAAAGCAAGAAUGUCUCCUUACUUGUAGCAAGGCCAGAAAUUCAGCUGGAUGAAGGCUGGAUGGAUGAUGACAGAAAUGAUUUUCUGGAUGACUUGCACAUGGACAUGCUAGAGGAACAGCACCACCAAGCAAUGCAAUUUACUGCCAGCAUACUUCAGCAGAAGAAGCACGAUGAAGAUGGAGGUACCACGGACACCGCAACAAUUUUAUCCAACCAACAUGAGAAGGACAGCGGUGUGGGACGCACGGAUGACAGCACUCGCAAUGACGAGAGCUCAGAGCAAGAAAACAACGCCGACGAUCACACGACUUCCUCUAACACUUUAGGGAGCCAGAAGAAGCUGCCAUACAGUCACGACACGCUUGGAAGUGGCGACAUGCCGUUCAGCAACGAAUCGUUUAUCUCGGCUGAUUGCACAGACGCCGAUUUCCUUGGCAUCCCGGUAGAUGAGUGCGAGAGGUUCCGGGAACUACUGGAACUCAAGUGUCAAGUUAAGUCUGGCAACCCCUACAGCCUCUAUUAUCACAACAGUGCCCUGGAUAUAAGCAAAAGCGACCAAGAGAGCGUUGACAGAGAGCUGGAGAUGCUGAAUGAGGAGCUGAGGAACAUCGAGUUGGAGUGCCUGAACAUCGUAAGAGCUCAUAAAAUGCAACAGCUGAAAGAGCAAUACCGAGAGCCCUGGAUGCUCCAUAACAGCGGGUUCCGCAACUACAACACGAGCAUUGACCUGCGCAGACACGAGCUCUCUGACAUUACAGAGCUCCCGGAGAAAUCCGACAAGGAUAGCUCGAGUGCAUAUAACACAGGGGAAAGCUGCCGAAGUACACCGCUCACACUAGAGAUUUCUCCUGAUAAUUCACUGCGCAGAAUUGCAGAAGGAACCGAUUGCCAAGGUAACGAGGGGGCAACUGCAUACAACGCCUCCCAGAAGAAUUUGCUACCUAGCUCGGAAAGUCAUGAAUCCAGCACUGCUAAGUAUCACUCGUCUCCUAAAGAUCCUGACCUUGGCAAGCAGCUGGAAAGCAAGGACAGAAAAAAUAGCGAUGGAAGCAAAAGCCCAACUCACUUUCAAAAACAAGGUGGCUCCUACAUCUCCCCAUAUCAUCACUCUCCAUACAAGCAUGCUCAUAUCCCUGCCCAUGCACAGCACUAUCAGAGCUACAUGCAGCUGAUUCAACAGAAAUCAGCUGUGGAAUAUGCACAGAGCCAAAUGAGCCUGGUCAGCAUGUGCAAAGACUUGAAUUCGUCAAGCCAGAGCGAGCCCAGGAUGGAAUGGAAAGUCAAGAUCAGGAGCGAUGGGACCCGCUACAUUACGAAGAGGCCAGUCAGGGACAGACUGCUGAGAGAGCGUGCCAUCAAGAUUAAGGAAGAGCGCAGUGGUAUGACUACGGAUGAUGAUGCGAUAAGUGAAAUGAAGAUGGGCCGUUACUGGAGCAAGGAGGAACGGAAGCAGCAUUUGGUGAAAGCGAAGGAGCAGAGGCGAAGGCGAGAGUUCAUGAUGCAGAGCAGGUUGGAUUGUUUAAAGGAACAGCAAGGUGCAGAAGAGAAGAAGGAAAUGAAUAUCAUUGAACUGAGCCAUAAAAAAAUGAUGAAGAAAAGAAAUAAAAAGAUAUUUGACAACUGGAUGACAAUCCAAGAACUGUUAACCCAUGGCACAAAGUCACCCGAUGGCACAAAAGUGUACAAUUCCUUCCUGUCAGUGACUACUGUAUAAUCUCCAUUGCUGAAUUAUGUACAUAAAACACUACCAUUGGGGUAGAAUUCACUGCCUCGUUCAAUGUGGCAAGUUUUUUGUAUAUAAGAUACAGUCAUCCACUUUAUAGUUCAAGUACUGAACUCUACAACUCUGGGCGCUGACACUGUUGGAGAGCGGAGAGAAAGCUCACCCGUCUACUUCAAAGGCAAUAUUAACAGACCCUUUUGGAAUACUGAUUGUACGUUUUAUUUUACUUUUUCUUGUUACCAUUUACAUGAAGUGUUUUAAUAUCAGCAAAUGUAUUACCCAUACUUACACAGGUAAUUUGCUUUUAACCUAUAUUCAUAUUAAAAAGUUACACAUGCUUUUCUUUGCCUAAACACAAAAGCAACUGCAAAUAUGUAAUUUUUUUUUUUUGUGAAACCAUAUUUUGUGAUAUUACUUUGCUGUUGUGUCUUUUGGCGCACAGUGCUGUUUAUCAAUAUUUAGCUCAAGGUUUAAGCUCAAAACUAUUGAAUUCCUGAUAGAGUCAGUCUCCUGUAAUAUUUAACAUUUAUCAAAACAGCAGUCUUUUAGAGUUAGGAUCAGCAUUUAAACAUUUUUCUUUGUAAGGUUUCUAAAGGAAGUAUAUCGGUUUCAUCUGAAAGGCCUGAAGCAAAGUACAGUAUACCGCAGCUUUAAAGGAUUUUAAAGCAUGUUUGCAAAUGUUGCGACCUGUUGAAAGAAUGUGCAUGUACAGCCGAUUUGUUUAUAUAAGACAGUUUGUGUAAUUUGAAAAGCCCAUGGUAGUACCUGUUUGCUUUGUAGAUUUGAAUGUACUGAAUUAUAAAAUCAUGAUUAGUUACACAAAAUCAUGAUUAGUUACAAACAUUAACAAGUAAAUUGAAGUAAAAUAAAUUAUUGUUUUAUAUUUCA